AUGCAUGGAAGCGUGGGCUUCCCCUCACUGCUGACAGGAAUGUCAAGAAGGAACACGACCGCACCAGCAUGCUCAUUCGUCGGCUUCUGCUGCCCUUGGAUGACAAAUGGCACUCGAGCACCUCGCGGCAGCAGAAGCGCGCAGUGGUCCGCGAGUACGUGCUCAGUCUCGGUUUAUGGAGGCGUUUUGGCUCUGCGAGUUUCAUCAAUCGUGCCGGCCUUGUGGCUGGAGAUGCGACACCGGAAGAGCUUUGUGCGAAGGCUGUAUCAGUGGCACUGGACCUUUGGAAGAAUGGAGUCCACAGCUGCAGUGAUGCUUACGGACCUGCUAGCCGUGCCCAUGCUGCAGAACUCUAUGCGUGGCUGGGGGAAGAGGUCAGCAGUGGCUUCUUGCAGGUGCUCAACGAAAACGGCAAAGCCUUUCGAAGUCUUUUUGAAAAGGCUGAUGAACUGGCAGACGCUGUUGUGGAGCAAGGGCCCGUGCGAUUCCAACAGCUGGUGCAGCUUCUUGGAGCCGCUGAUGGCCACGGGGUCAGUAAUGGUGUCUAUGCAGCAGAGAUCGUUCGCGACCUUCUGUCAACACCCAUCUUCAGUGGUGGUGGUUGUCUGGAUAUC